CGCACGAGCGACGGUGGCGGGGGGAGAAAAUAGCUCGCUCGGGGGAUCGGCGGUUCGACUGGGCUGCCGAAGCGAAUGCGUGCGGUUGGCUACUCAAAUACUAAAGUAUACAAACGGCGGACAUGUGAGCGCCUGUUUGUCGUUGUGUCGUGUGUCGUUUGUCUUGAAGAAGGUAACUGCGACACUGCUUGGCCAGUCAUUUGAAUACGAGCGCAAUGAGUCUGAACGAGCACUCGUUGCAAGCCCUGUCCUGGAGGAAGCUCUAUUUAAGUCGGGCCAAACUCAAGGCUUCCAGCCGGACAUCGGCUCUUCUCUCGGGAUUUGCAAUGGUGGCCAUGGUGGAAGUGCAGUUGGACACCAGUUAUCCUUACCCGCCCAGUCUCCUCAUUGCCUUCAGUGCCUGCACAACGGUUCUUGUGGCUGUUCACCUGUUCGCUCUCAUGGUCAGUACCUGCAUUUUGCCCAACAUAGAGGCUGUAAGCAACGUGCACAACAUUAACUCUGUGAAGGAAUCCCCGCACGAGCGUAUGCACAGACAUAUUGAACUGGCCUGGGCUUUCUCUACAGUCAUUGGUACCUUGCUUUUCUUAGCUGAGGUGGUGUUGCUCUGCUGGGUUAAAUUUUUACCUGUGAAACCGAACAAGUCUAAUAAUAGCACCGUCUCUUCCGGUGUGGCUGCUGCCAUUACCUCCACCUCCAUCAUGGUCCCCUUUGGUUUAAUCUUCAUCAUCUUCGCAGUGCAUUUCUACCGCUCCUUGGUUAGCCACAAAACUGAAAGGCAAUUUCAGGAGUUGGAGGAGCUGUCGAAUCUCACCAGGCUGCAAAACGAGCUGGACCACAGAGGCGACUCUUCCAUCAUGCAGUCUCCAAGCUCACAUUUUCCAUAGAUAAGUAGGGCGGAUGAACUCUAACCCGGCGAUUGGUUCACCACAGACAAAAUGAUUGGUUUUUGAUUGAAGAUGGAUCACCUAAUUGUUUUUAAAUGAGUGGUUUUGAAAAUGUUUACAUUUUUCAAAUUAAAAAAAGAGGCAUUUGGCGUUAUAUACAGCUGGUGACAAAACACCACAAUGCAUGUACCUUUGAAUCAGUUGGAAAACAGUCUGAACUGCAAUGCGACACAGAGCAUACCCCAUAUGUUAUGACAGAAACGUUUAGUAAAUGACACAGGAUCUGUUUUGUUAUACCUGAUACAUUGAUUACCUUAGUGCCACCCGCCUGAUCGAUUUUAAUGACUCCUGUGUUUUUCAAUUUGCCACACUGGAUUUUGUGAACCACUCAUAGUUUAGUUUUUGUAAUUACCAUUGUGUAUAUAGGUUUUUAUUUAAUGCCUGCCUUCUUCAUCUGUGGUCAAAGUUUUGUCGUAGUGCCUGCUGUUUUCAUUUCGUGAUAAAACAUCUGCCAAAGUGGUGCGACAGUAUAGUCACUGAAGCGCAAGCUGUGAUAUUGAAAUAAACCCUGUUAUCCUAUGGCAUCCUGAAGCUCAAAAUAUUUUAGAUGUGCUUUUGAAGAUGCGCCACCCUUUCAGUUUGCUUGCGCUGAUAAAGGCCUCAUGAGAAAAUUUAGAUUGCUAGAGUAGGAUUUUAUUUUUAUUUUCAUUCUAGCACAGGCUUCACUUAAUAUCAGUAAAAACUACCCAUGAUUGUUUUUGGCUUGAUAGCCAGCAAAAGCUGGUGAUUGACAGAACAGUGUCAUGACAUUAACAUCAGGAACUCGCAAACUGUUUGAAUUUUUAAAAAAAAACCAUGAAGUUUUGUUAAUGCUAAUGCAAAUGUCAGUUCUUAGCACACGUUUUUUGUCAUCAUUUUCUUAAGCUUUACAAGUCUGCUUUAUGUUCAUCCCAUAUUAGCAUUUUUUUAUUUUGCUAUUUUUCUAAACCAUUUAGAAAGUGUAACUAUUAAACAGUGCGAGAGGUGACUUUGCAGUCUUCACAA